CUGUUAAAAGUAGUGGCUAUGAUCCUUAUAAUUUCUUUUUUUCCUCCUCUCCUUUUCCCUCCACCCCUGGUCAGUAUGACUUCUCACUGGAAAAGAAAACAAUCAAGUGGGCUGAAGAUAUAAAAAAAAAUGAAGCUGCCCAACGAGAAGCUGAACACAAGGCAGAAGUACUAGUGAACUCAAAAGCAGCUCCAGAGGCCAGCAACAAAAUGGGGUCCUCAGAAGGACCUUGCCCUGAGGCCAUGCUUCCUUGUAUUAACCCCAUCCUCGCUAGCCUGCAGCACAAUAAUAUUCUUACUCCCAUGCCAGCCAACAGCAGUGCUGUGAAGCAAAAGGUUCUCAGUCCACCUCGUCCAAAAGCAGACUUCAACCCAGCUGAUUUUGAAUGUGAAGAAGACCCAUUUGACAAACUGGAAUUAAAAACUAUCAAUGAUAAAGAGGAAUUAAAAAGUAUUCUUGAUAUUCACGUUGGUACUACUGGGCCAGUUGUUGCCCAGCUGUUAGAUAAUACUUUGCCCAAAGGAGGAUCUGAGUCUGUGUUGCAAGAUGAGGAAGUUCUGACAUCCAUAGAAAGGGCCACGUUGGACUUCAAGCCCCUUCACAAACCAAAUGGCUUUAUCGCUUUACCACAGUUGGGAAACUGUGAAAAGAUGUCCUUGUCUUCCAAAGUGUCCCUGUCCCCUAUCACUUCAGUGAGCAAUAUCAAAUCCCUGUCCUUUCCUAAACUUGACUCCAAUGAGAGUGAUCAAAAAUCAUCAAAGCUCAUGAGCACUUUCCACAGCACUACCUGUCUCCGCAAUGGCCCUUUUCUCAGCUCUUUGAAGACCUGUGCUGAGAGUAAAGCUAGUGAACUGAAUGGAAACCAUAUGGUUGGUCUUUCUGCUCUAAAUGAGGACAGUGGCAUGGAGACAUCGACAUUAUCCUCUUCAUCCAGGCUGCCUUCCCUGGCUGUGUCAACAGUUUGUACAGAAGAAGAAUCAUCUCAAAGCACAGCAACUGCGGUACACUCAGACUACAAGGAAACAGAAAUCCCUGUGGUAAUGCACCAAAAUUUCCCUGUGUCUAAAGUGCCCAAUAACACCAGCUGCACAAAGUGGUCAGGUGGCCUCGCUCCUGAACUACAACAGGUCCUCUCUGCUAGUGAGAGGCAGUGUGUAGAGACGGUCAUCAACAUGGGGUACUCACCUGAGAACGUCCUGAAAGCCAUGAAGAAGAAGGGACAGAACAUAGACCAGGUUUUGGAUUACUUGUUUGUUCAUGGACAACUCUGUGAGAAGGGCUUUGAUCCACUUCUUGUUGAAGCAGCUUUGGAACUGCACCAGCAUUCAGAGGAGAAGAUCACAGAACUUCUCCAACUAAUGAGUCAAUUUAAAGAAAUGGGUUUUGAACUAAAAGACAUUAAGGAGGCCUUAUUAUUACAUAACAAUGACCAACACAAUGCUUUGGAAGAUCUAAUGGCCCGUGCAGGAGCCAGCUGA